AAAAUCAAUAAUAAAAAUGUUUUAUCACAUAAAAGGACUAAAAACUAAGUUGUCCAUUGAGCCAAACUACUUAGAUCAAUUGAAAGAUUAAAAGUUCAUUUUAGAAUAAAUUGUAUAGAAAUUAGAAGGCAAGUACUUUGAUGAUGUUGGGUACAUCAUUUAUAUUGCUAAAUGCAUGAAUUACAAUAAAAAUUUGGAUGAAUAAAUUGAUGCAUUAAUUGAAGAGGAUGGAACAGUUAGAGUAGUGGUAUAAUUUUCAUAUCAUAUCAGAUUAAAUUUGAAGCCAUUGUAUUCAAAAUACAAGAGAAGGAAAUAGUGGAUGUUGAAGUUUCGAAAUGUGAAGCCCAGGCAGUCUUUGCCAAAUUGGGACCAAUCGAUUUUAUCAUCCCAAGAGAUAAAUUGCCUGCUAAUUUCACCUAUUCUAAUGUAAUUUUAAUGUGAAUUUAGGAAUCUUAUAAAGAAGAAGAUGAAGAAGUGAUAAAAUAAGGUACUAAAUUAAGAGUCUAAGUUUAAAAGACAAAUUAUAAACAGGGAAAAUUAAGAGCCUUUGCACAUUUGACAGGUGACAAUUUAGACAAUAUUUGUGGCAUAUUGAGUGAUGAUCUGAAGUUAUGAUUUAUAAAUAAUUAAUGUAAG